UUAUUUAUAAAUAAAUAGUUCUUUCCUAUUUGUAUCACCUGAGCAAAUAUCUGAAAUAUAUUCAUCAAAAAGACUCAGGAAUAAUUUAUUUCACACCAUCAUUUUAACAGUAUCUACAAUUUACAUGAAUUUUCCAAAAUUAUGACCUUAAUAAUAACCUCUCUAGCUGUUGUUUUAGCUGCAAUAUUAUUCUUAUAUCUUCCAAAAUUUUAUGAAAAACGACACACAUUUGAAAUACAUGGACAUGUAGAGCCAGGGUUUGAAAGUGUAAAGGAGGCAUUUAAGCAAAAUUUCGUCAGAGGCGCGGAGAGUAUGGGUGGGGCCUCGUUCGCUGCUUAUCAUAAUGGGAAACUAGUAGCUGAUCUAUGGGGAGGAUUCGCUAACAUCAAAGGAGGCCAAAAAUCGUUUCUAGGUUCACUUUUUGCUAAAAGAAGCAUUAAAAAUCGUUUCCAGCAAUACGAUUAUUAUUGGCUUGAAGAUACUCUGACACACACACUUUCUGCCACUAAAGGUAUGGCGGCCUUAGUUAUAGGUCACCUUCAAGACAAUAACAAGCUCAACAUAGAUGACCCGGUGGCUAAGUAUUGGCCUCAAUUCAGAAUCCAUGACAAGGGAAAUAUCACUAUAGCUCAUAUACUGACCCAUACAGCCGGCCUACCUUACAUUGAUCCAUCACAUCCAAUUACCUUCAAGAUGCUCAAGGAAAACAGUAUUUACACGGAAGGGAACACACUUAAAGACCUUGAUACCGAGCUUAGCAAAAUUUUAGCUGACCAAAAACCCGCCUGGUCCCCUCCAGGAAUUAAAAGAGGUUACCACGUUUUUACAUUAGGACUUUACCUCGAUCAGAUUGUAAGAAGAUGCGAUACACCGAAAAGGAGAUCCAUUUCAAGAUACUUUGAUGACGAAAUCGCCAAAAAAUUCGAUUUGGAUUUCUUUAUUGGAUUACCCUCAAGAGAUAUCAAUGCUAGAGUGGCUAUCUUAAGGAACGAGAGAUUUUUGAAAACUUUAUCCGGUUUCUUUCAAAAGCUCAAAUUCGGAUUAAUGAUAUACACUCACCCGAUGACCAAAAAGGCUUUGUUAAAUCCUGAUAUGAUUGUUAAAACACAAACUAUGGCAUUAAAUAGACCCGAGGUUAGAAAUUUGCAAUUCCCUUCGGUUAUUGGGAUAGGUGACGCCAGGAGUUUGGCAAAAGUCUACGGUAUUUUGGCUAAUCAGGGCAACAAUAAUCAGCAACUUUUGAAACCCGAAACAUUGCAAAGAAUGAUCAAGCAAACGUCGUCUUCUUACGAUAAAGAUGUCAUAUUUGGUGAUAUGUAUAAAUUCGCUAUGUCUACCGGAUUCAUACUUAUGCCCAACCCUAAUGGCCAAACCAAUUUUGGUUUCCCAGGUCACGGGUUGCAAUUGGCCUUUGGCGAUCCUAAUCAAAGAAUAGGUUACGCUUACCUAACUAACACGGUUGCGAACGACCAACUCAACGAUAGGAGAGGUCGUUAUUGCGUUGACGCGCUUUACAAGGCUCUUAAUGCUUCUCGCAGAGGAUUGGAAGGAUCUGUAUCCCUCGAAGACAAAGCUAGAUCUGAUAUCAUACCUGAUAAAUCUACUUUGGAGCAUCUCACCAAAAGUAAACCACCACAUCUCGAGAAGACCGGUAUAUUGAGUUCUCUUUGGGGAUUUGUGUUUCAUACUAAAGGAAAUGAAGAAAAACAGCACAGCAAAACGGAUGCUCAUCUCCACAGGAAGGGUUACUUCGAUAUGAUUCGCCAUGUUAUAAGUGAUUCGGCUCACAAGCUUAAAGGAGCUAAAUCGCCCAAAGAUUUAAAAACUAUACUGGAUAAUGCCCGGAAAUCGGUAAAUUCUGUGAGGAGUGAUCCCAUUUCUGCGCACAAAAUAUCCGACAAAUAUUUUGAGAGCAAGGACUAUCUGGAAGGAACAUCUUCUAUGAUACUAGAUGCUGCCAAAUGGCUUUCUAAUGCCGGAAAUCAAGAUUCUAAAGCUAUAUUAGAUCUGGCCGGCUUAUACAUAUCUGGGAUCAAAGAUUUUGUGCCAGGAAUGAAUUACAAGGAUUACUUUGGUUUAGCGAUGUCGAACUUGAAAGAUGCAGUUUCAGAUGUUACAGAGCAUCACGAGAAAGGACCCUUAGAAUAUUUAGAAGACACAAUGGAGUCUUUAACACGCACUAAAGAUGAUGUUAUGAGUUAUCCCCAUAAAAAAGGUUACUUCGAAAAAGCUAAAAAUAUCAUAAUAGAAUCAGCUUAUAAAUUACAAACCGCAAAUUCAGCUAAAGAUAUAAAAAUAAUAUUAGAUAAUGUUAGAAAAUCGAUAGGUUCGAUGAGUGACAAAUUUUCAAAGCAUAAAAUCUCGGACAAAUAUUACGAUAGCAAAGAUUAUAUAGAAGGGACAUCUUCAAUGAUUUUGGAUGCUGCAAGAAGACUUUCUUCAACUGGAAAUGAAGAUGCUCAAGCUCUAUUAGACCAGGCAGGACACUAUAUAUCUGGAAUAAAGGAAUACGUUCCAGGGAUACAUCAAAAGGGAUAUUUUGAACUGGCAGGAGAUAAAUUAUCUAAUAUAAAAGAGAGUGUUACAGAAGCUCUACUUCCUCACGAGAAAGAAUAUUUAGAAAGUGCAUCGGAUUCUUUAACUGGUGCUAAGAAUAAUAUCAUUGAAACAUUUUAUCCCCAUAAAAAAGGUUACUUCGAAAAAGCUAAAAAUAUCAUAAUCGAAUCAGCUCAUAAAUUACAAACCGCAAAUUCAGCUAAAGAUAUAAAAAUAAUAUUAGAUAAUGCUAGAAAAUCUAUAAGUUCGAUGAGUGACAAAUUUUCAAAGCAUAAAAUCUCGGACAAAUAUUACGAUAGCAAAGAUUAUAUAGAAGGGACAUCUUCAAUGAUUUUGGAUGCUGCAAGAAGACUUUCUUCCGCUGGAAAUAAGGAUGCUCAAGAUCUAUUAGACCAGGCAGGACACUAUAUAUCUGGAAUAAAGGAAUACGUUCCAGGGAUGCAUCAAAAAGGAUAUUUUGAAUUAGCGGGAGAUAAAUUAUCUAGUAUAAAAGAUAGUGUUACAGAAGCUCUACUUCCUCACGAGAAAGGAUACUUAGAAAGUGCAGUGGAUUCUUUAACUGGUGCUAAGGAUAAUAUCAUUGAAACAUUUUAUCCCCAUAAAAGAGGGUAUUUCGAAAAAACUAGAGAUACCAUAAUAGAAUCUGCUCAUAAAUUAAAAAGUGCAGAUUCACCUAAAAAUAUAAAAAUAAUAUUAGAUGAGGCUAGAAAAUCGAUAAAUUCUAUGAGUGACAAGUUUUCAAAGCAUAAAAUCUCGGACAAAUAUUACGAUAGCAAGGAUUAUAUAGAAGGGACAACUUCAAUGAUUUUAGAUGCUGCAAGAAGACUUUCUUCCGCUGGAAAUGAGGAUGCUCAAGCUCUAUUAGACCAGGCAGGACACUAUAUAUCUGGAAUAAAAGAAUACGUUCCAGGGAUGCAUCAAAAGGGAUAUUUUGAAUUAGCGGGAGAUAAAUUAUCUAGUAUAAAAGAUAGUGUUACAGAAGCUCUACUUCCUCACGAGAAAGGAUACUUAGAAAGUGCAUUGGAUUCUUUAACUGGUGCUAAGAAUAAUAUCAUUGAAACAUUUUAUCCCCAUAAAAAAGGUUACUUCGAAAUAGCUAAAAAUAUCAUAAUAGAAUCAGCUUAUAAAUUACAAACCGCAAAUUCAGCUAAAGAUAUAAAAAUAAUAUUAGAUAAUGUUAGAAAAUCGAUAGGUUCGAUGAGUGACAAAUUUUCAAAGCAUAAAAUCUCGGACAAAUAUUACGAUAGCAAAGAUUAUAUAGAAGGGACAUCUUCAAUGAUUUUGGAUGCUGCAAGAAGACUUUCUUCAACUGGAAAUGAAGAUGCUCAAGCUCUAUUAGACCAGGCAGGACACUAUAUAUCUGGAAUAAAGGAAUACGUUCCAGGGAUGCAUCAAAAGGGAUAUUUUGAACUGGCAGGAGAUAAAUUAUCUAGUAUAAAAGAGAGUGUUACAGAAGCUCUACUUCCUCACGAGAAAGGAUAUUUAGAAAGUGCAUCGGAUUCUUUAACUGGUGCUAAGAAUAAUAUCAUUGAAACAUUUUAUCCCCAUAAAAAAGGUUACUUCGAAAAAACUAAAAAUAUCAUAAUCGAAUCAGCUCAUAAAUUACAAACCGCAAAUUCAGCUAAAGAUAUAAAAAUAAUAUUAGAUAAUGCUAGAAAAUCUAUAAGUUCGAUGAGUGACAAAUUUUCAAAGCAUAAAAUCUCGGACAAAUAUUACGAUAGCAAAGAUUAUAUAAAAGGGACAUCUUCAAUGAUUUUGGAUGCUGCAAGAAGACUUUCUUCCGCUGGAAAUAAGGAUGCUCAAGAUCUAUUAGACCAGGCAGGACACUAUAUAUCUGGAAUAAAGGAAUACGUUCCAGGGAUGCAUCAAAAAGGAUAUUUUGAAUUAGCGGGAGAUAAAUUAUCUAGUAUAAAAGAUAGUGUUACAGAAGCUCUACUUCCUCACGAGAAAGGAUACUUAGAAAGUGCAGUGGAUUCUAUAACUGGUGCUAAGGAUAAUAUCAUUGAAACAUUUUAUCCCCAUAAAAGAGGGUAUUUCGAAAAAACUAGAGAUACCAUAAUAGAAUCUGCUCAUAAAUUAAAAAAUGCAGAUUCGCCUAAAGAUAUAAAAAUAAUAUUAGAGGAGGCUAGAAAAUCGAUAAAUUCUAUGAGUGACAAGUUUUCAAAGCAUAAAAUCUCGGACAAAUAUUACGAUAGCAAGGAUUAUAUAGAAGGGACAACUUCAAUGAUUUUAGAUGCUGCAAGAAGACUUUCAUCUGCUGGAAAUGAGGAUGCUCAAGCUCUUUUAGACCAAGCAGGGCACUAUAUAUCUGGAAUAAAGGAUUACGUUCCAGGUAUGCAUAAAAAGGGUUAUUUCGAAUUGGCCGGAGAUAAAUUAUCUAGUAUAAAAGAUAGUGUUACAGAAGCUCUACUUCCUCACGAGAAAGGAUACUUAGAAAGUGCAGUGGAUUCUUUAACUGGUGCUAAGGAUAAUAUCAUUGAAACAUUUUAUCCCCAUAAAAGAGGGUAUUUCGAAAAAACUAGAGAUACCAUAAUAGAAUCUGCUCAUAAAUUGAAAAAUGCAGAUUCGCCUAAAGAUAUAAAAAUAAUAUUAGAUGAGGCUAGAAAAUCGAUAAAUUCUAUGAGUGACAAGUUUUCAAAGCAUAAAAUCUCGGACAAAUAUUACGAUAGCAAGGAUUAUAUAGAAAAGACAACUUCAAUGAUUUCAGAUGCUGCAAGAAGACUUUCAUCUGCUGGAAAUGAGGAUGCUCAAGCUCUAUUAGACCAAGCAGGGCACUAUAUAUCUGGAAUAAAGGAAUACGUUCCAGGUAUGCAUAAAAAGGGUUAUUUCGAAUUGGCUGUAGAUAGGUUAUCUGGCCCCAAGGACAAGGUAGACUCUUUAUAUCAUCAAUCAAAGGGAUCCCUCGAAAGUGAUAAAUAUUCUAUACUUCACCAUCACACAAAGAGUUUUUUGAAAAGUGUGCUAGAUGCACUGUCCAAUAUCAAGGAAGGCAUUAUUGAUAGCUUAUAUCCACGACACGAAAGUACCUAUUUGGAAAAAACGGGGGCUGCUAUUUUACAAGCAGCACAUAGACUUGAGAAUACUAAUUCUCCGGACCUGAUAAAAACAACUGUAGACACAGUACGCUCUAUUGUUCAUGACUUGGGCCAUCACUUUACCGAUGAUCCUAAUUUACUAAAAAGAAAACUUUCGGACACCUACUACGAUACUAAGACUGGGCUCGAUGCCACUCAAGCGGUGCUAAUCGAAGCUGCUAAACGAUUGCCACGAGCAGGAGCACAAGAUGCUAAAGCUCUGAUUCAUUUAGUGGCUCUAUAUUUGUUGGGUGACUACAAUAGCGAGAUAUUCUCAGCUAAUAUUUUUCAUCGUCAUCCUGAGUCUUAUUUUCAUAAAGCGAGAGAUAUGAUCAUGCAUGCGGCCCAACAAUUGAAUGGAGUUAAAUCAUCGGAGGAUAUCAAAUCAAUCCUGGAUAAGACUCGUAUGUCAUUUACGGAUGCUAGUGACCAUUUUUUAGAUAUUGUUAAGGAAAAAAGGCAUAAAUAUAAAAUGGGGGAAGCUAUAACCGAUGCCUAUUACAAUAGCAAAUCUUAUUUAGAUUCCUCUGCUGCAAUGAUAAUAGAAGCCGCUAAACAACUAAGCCUCUCAGGUACGAAAGACGCCGAUUCGAUAAUGGACCAAACUGGGAAGUACCUGAUCGGUAUUAAAGAAUACAUUAUAAAUAAUAAUCCAUCCAAAAGCUAUUUUGACACAUCGAAAGACAAACUAUCCAACUUGAUGGAUAGCGUUUCAGAAACCUUCUAUCCGCAUAAAAGAGGGUAUCUUGAAUCGUCUAUCAAUAAAAUUUUUGAUAUAAAAAAUGGAAUUAUCGAAACAAUCUAUCCCCACCAAAAGAACUAUUAUGAUAGAACAAAAGACAUUAUUAUGCUCACGGCACAUGAGUUAAGUAGAGCCAAAUCUACUAAUAUUAAAUCCAUCCUUGAUAAAGCUCGAAAGUCUAUAACAGAUGCUAGUGAUCAUUUCACCGAUUUGGUUAAAAGUAAAAAACAUAAAAAUAGUAUGGGCGAAUCGAUAUCAGACGCAUAUUACAAUAGCAAAGAUUACUUGGAUCAUAGCGCAAAUAUGAUAAUUGACGCGUCUAAGCGAUUAAGCCAUGCUAGUUCUGACGAAGCCAAUGAAAUCUUAGAUCAAGCCGGUAAAUAUAUGAUAGGCAUGAAAGAUUAUAUAAUAGGAAACCAUCCAAAAGGAUAUUUUGAUACUACGCUUGAUAAACUCACUGGAAUGAAAAACAAAGUGGUUGAAUCUGUUCAUCCGCACAAACCUGGUUAUUUGGAAAACGUGAUGCAUUAUUUGGACGAUAUGAAAGUAGGAAUUAUAGACUCAUUAUAUCCUCACCAAGAUAGUUACUAUGAAAAAGCUAGAAAUACUGUAUUUCGCACUGCGAAUCAGCUAAGUGAAGCCAAAUCCAGCGAUAUUAAAUCCAUCCUUGAUAAAGCCCGCGAGUCAAUAACAGACGCAAGUGAUCAUUUCACUGAUUUAGUUAGAGGCAAAAAGCAUAAAAAUAGUAUGGGCGAAUCGAUAUCAGACGCAUAUUACAAUAGCAAAGAUUACUUGGAUCAUAGCGCAAAUAUGAUAAUCGACGCGUCUAAGCGAUUAAGCCAUGCUAGUUCUGACGAAGCCAAUGAAAUCUUAGAUCAAGCCGGUAAAUAUAUGAUAGGCAUGAAAGAUUAUAUAACAGGAAACCAUCCAAAAGGAUAUUUUGAUACUACGCUUGAUAAACUCACUGGAAUAAAAAACAAAGUGGUUGAAUCUGUUCAUCCGCACAAACCUGGUUAUUUGGAAAACGUGAUGCAUUAUUUGGACGAUAUGAAAGUAGGAAUUAUAGACUCAUUAUAUCCUCACCAAGAUAGUUACUAUGAAAAAGCUAGAAAUACUGUAUUUCGCACUGCGAAUCAGCUAAGUGGAGCCAAAUCCAGCGAUAUUAAAUCCAUCCUUGAUAAAGCCCGCGAGUCAAUAACAGACGCAAGUGAUCAUUUCACUGAUUUAGUAAGAGGCAAAAAGCAUAAAAAUAGUAUGGGCGAAUCGAUAUCAGACGCAUAUUACAAUAGCAAAGAUUACUUGGAUCAUAGCGCAAAUAUGAUAAUCGACGCGUCUAAGCGAUUAAGCCAUGCUAGUUCUGACGAAGCCAAUGAAAUCUUAGAUCAAGCCGGUAAAUAUAUGAUAGGCAUGAAAGAUUAUAUAACAGGAAACCAUCCAAAAGGAUAUUUUGAUACUACGCUUGAUAAACUCACUGGAAUAAAAAACAAAGUGGUUGAAUCUGUUCAUCCGCACAAACCUGGUUAUUUGGAAAACGUGAUGCAUUAUUUGGACGAUAUGAAAGUAGGAAUUAUAGACUCAUUAUAUCCUCACCAAGAUAGCUACUAUGAAAAAGCUAGAAAUACUGUAUUUCGCACUGCGAAUCAGCUAAGUGGAGCCAAAUCCAGCGAUAUUAAAUCCAUCCUUGAUAAAGCCCGCGAGUCAAUAACAGACGCAAGUGAUCAUUUCACUGAUUUAGUUAGAGGCAAAAAGCAUAAAAAUAGUAUGGGCGAAUCGAUAUCAGACGCAUAUUACAAUAGCAAAGAUUACUUGGAUCAUAGCGCAAAUAUGAUAAUCGACGCUUCAAAGCGAUUAAGCCAUGCUACCUCUGAUGAAGCCAAUGAAAUCUUAGAUCAAACCGGUAGAUAUAUGAUAGGCAUGAAAGAUUAUAUAACAGGAAACCAUCCAAAAGGAUAUUUUGAUACUACGCUUGAUAAACUCACUGGAAUGAAAAACAAAGUGGUUGAAUCUGUUCAUCCGCACAAACCUGGUUAUUUGGAAAACGUGAUGCAUUAUUUGGACGAUAUGAAAGUAGGAAUUAUAGACUCAUUAUAUCCUCACCAAGAUAGCUACUAUGAAAAAGCUAGAAAUACUGUAUUUCGCACUGCGAAUCAGCUAAGUGGAGCCAAAUCCAGCGAUAUUAAAUCCAUCCUUGAUAAAGCUCGGGAGUCAAUAACAGACGCAAGUGAUCAUUUCACUGAUUUAGUAAGAGGCAAAAAGCAUAAAAAUAGUAUGGGCGAAUCGAUAUCAGACGCAUAUUACGAUAGCAAAGAUUACUUGGAUCAUAGCGCAAAUAUGAUAAUCGACGCGUCUAAGCGAUUAAGCCAUGCUAGUUCUGACGAAGCCAAUGAAAUCUUAGAUCAAGCCGGUAAAUAUAUGAUAGGCAUGAAAGAUUAUAUAACAGGAAACCAUCCAAAAGGAUAUUUUGAUACUACGCUUGAUAAACUCACUGGAAUGAAAAACAAAGUGGUUGAAUCUGUUCAUCCGCACAAACCUGGUUAUUUGGAAAACGUGAUGCAUUAUUUGGACGAUAUGAAAGUAGGAAUUAUAGACUCAUUAUAUCCUCACCAAGAUAGCUACUAUGAAAAAGCUAGAAAUACUGUAUUUCGCACUGCGAAUCAGCUAAGUGGAGCCAAAUCCAGCGAUAUUAAAUCCAUCCUUGAUAAAGCCCGGGAGUCAAUAACAGACGCAAGUGAUCAUUUCACUGAUUUAGUAAGAGGCAAAAAGCAUAAAAAUAGUAUGGGCGAAUCGAUAUCAGACGCAUAUUACAAUAGCAAAGAUUACUUGGAUCAUAGCGCAAAUAUGAUAAUCGACGCUUCAAAGCGAUUAAGCCAUGCUACCUCUGAUGAAGCCAAUGAAAUCUUAGACCAAACCGGUAGAUAUAUGAUAGGCAUGAAAGAUUAUAUAACAGGAAACCAUCCAAAAGGAUAUUUUGAUACUACGCUUGAUAAACUCACUGGAAUGAAAAACAAAGUGGUUGAAUCUGUUCAUCCGCACAAACCUGGUUAUUUGGAAAACGUGAUGCAUUAUUUGGACGAUAUGAAAGUAGGAAUUAUAGACUCAUUAUAUCCUCACCAAGAUAGCUACUAUGAAAAAGCUAGAAAUACUGUAUUUCGCACUGCGAAUCAGCUAAGUGGAGCCAAAUCCAGCGAUAUUAAAUCCAUCCUUGAUAAAGCCCGGGAGUCAAUAACAGACGCAAGUGAUCAUUUCACUGAUUUAGUUAGAGGCAAAAAACAUAAAAAUAGUAUGGGCGAAUCGAUAUCAGACGCAUAUUACAAUAGCAAAGAAUACCUGGAUCAUAGCGCAAAUAUGAUAAUAGAUGCGUCUAAGCGAUUAAGCCUUGCCAGUUCUGACGAAACCAAUGCAAUCUUAGAUCAAACCGGUAAAUAUAUGAUAGGCAUAAAAGAUUAUAUAACAGGAAACUACCCAAAAGGAUAUUUUGAUGCAACUUUGAAUAAGCUAUCAGGAAUGAAAAACAAAGUUGUUGAAUCUGUUCAUCCGCACAAACCUAGUUAUUUAGAAAACGUGAUGCAUUAUUUGGACGAUAUCAAAGUAGGAAUUAUUGACUUAAUAUAUCCUCACCAAGAGAGUUACUAUGAGAAAGCUAGAGACACUAUAAUUCACACAGCACAUCAGUUAAGUGGAUCCAAAUCUGGCGAUAUUAAAUCAAUACUCGAUAAAGCUCGGGAAUCAAUAACAGAUUCUAGUGAUCAUUUUACUAACUUGGUUAAGGGCAAGAAGCAUAAAAAUAGUUUAGGAGAAUCAAUUUCAGAUUCUUAUUAUAGUAGUAAAGCAUAUUUGGAUUCCACUGCCGCAAUUAUAAUAGAUGCAGCUAAACAUUUAAGUAACGCAGGAUCUAAAGAUGCCCAGGCAAUUUUAGAUCAAACUGGUCAAUAUCUUAUAGGUGUUAGGAAUUACGUUACCCAUUAUCACCACCCUACCAAAAGUUAUUUUGACCUCACUAAGGAUAGAGUGUCCGGCUUUAAAGACAACAUCGUUGAACAUUUUCCACACAAAAAGGGUUAUUUAGAAGGCUCCAUGGAUAUAUUAUACAAAUUUAAGGACGAUGUUAUGGAAUCAAUUUAUCCUCACCGCAAAGGAUACUUUGAAAAAGCUAGAGAAACAAUUAUAAAUGCAGCCCAUCAAAUUAACGGUGCUCAAUCGCAAAGUGCCGUAAAGUCCAUUAUCGAUAAGGCCCGCAAAUCCUUGACAGAAAAGAGUGAACAUUUUGCUAAGAUCGUUAUGCUCAAAAAACAUGAUUCUACACUCAUGGAUAGACUAUCGGACGAUUAUUAUGACAGCAAAUCUUAUGUUGAAUCCACAGCUGCUAUGCUUAUUGAUUCUGCUAAACGAUUAAGUAGUGCAGGUGUGGAAGAUACCCACAGCAUAAUUGAUCAAACCAGUCAGUAUUUAGUAGGUGUUAAAGAUUAUAUUAUUGGGAAUCAUCCUAAAAGUUAUUUUGAACUCACCAAAGAUAGGGUGACGGAUAUGAAGGAUACCAUAAUUGAUAAUAUAUAUCCGCAUCAUCGAUCGAAUGGUUAUUUUGAUAAGGCCAAGCAAACUAUAAUGAGAUCAGCUCUACAAUUGUCCGGAGCUAAAUCUCCACACGACACUAAAUCUAUUGUUGAAAACGCUAGAAAAUCUCUCACCGACGCUAGCGAAUAUUUUAAAGAUGCCAUAACUAUCAGACGUAAAGAACCUCUGAAAGAGACUAUAUUGGAAAACUAUUACGAUAGCAAGUAUUACAUUGAAUCAACAGCCGCUCUUAUACUGGAAACUGCUAAAAGACUGACCACUGCUGGAGCGCAAGAUGCUCAAGCAGUUCUUCACGCAACGGGCCAAUACGUUGUAGGACUGAAGGAAUUUGCCUUACCUGGACAAAAAUCUAACAGCUAUCUGGAUGUGGCUAAGGAUAAAGUGGCCGAAAUUGUGGAUGCAGUAUCCUCACCCAAAAAGGCUCUGUAUCAUACCGUGUUUACGAACAAUAUUUUAGACAAGCUUAAUAGAGCUUCAGAUGCAAUUUUUAAUUAUAUACCUCUUCCGUUUGUUAAAAAAGAAAAAAGUUUACUGGAACGCUUUGCUGAAAGGGUCAAAGGAUAUGCCAAAGUGUUACAUUAUUAAUUUAAAUUAGUCAUGCAUUGUGUACACAUCUUAUUAUGGAAGAAUAUUGAUAGUAGAAUUAAUUAUUUAUUUUAUUGAAAAAUUUCAUUCAUCAACCAUAUUAUUUAAUACCAGAUUAUUUACCACAUCCCCUCCUCCAUUAAUAUUAAUAAUAAAACGAAUUUUUAACAUGAAUUGUGAUUUUGGCCCUUAUUGCAUUAUUAUUUUUUAUUAUAUUAUAAAAACCUGAAACCCAUUAUCUAAUUUUUCUUAAAUACUUAUAUUAUGUACUUUUUAAGAGUAACUGUGGUCAGUGGUGUACUUAGGAUUUUAUUAAAAGGGGAAAGAAAGCUAACGAAUAGUUUAUUUAGGGAAAAAGACGGUGUUUUAUUAUUUAUUAGGUGGAGAAUAAAUUAUGCCCCCCCCUCCACCCUUCAUGCGCCACUGCCUAUAGUUGAAAUGCAAUUUAUUAUAUUUUACUUUUUUUUCCUUAUUCAUGAAACUAGUCUUAUUUAUGUAAAUAUAAUAUAUAUUUAUUAAUUUUAAAAAAUAAGUAUUUAUUUAUAUUUUUAUCAUAUAUUAUGUUGCGUAAAUGUAUUUUGUAUUUAAAAAAAGAUUAUUUUUUUUAAAUUUCCUAAUUUUUAAAUUGUUUUAAAAAAUUAUUACUUUUAAAUCUACGAACGAAAAAUAUAUAAUAUUAAUAUAUACUCACAUGAAUU